GACUCACACACAAGACUCGUACAAAUGGCUUCCUUUUUAGAGUCCAACGAUUGUUCCAUGGCAAGUCGCAUCUCGGUGCUUCAGAUUACCUGCGCAACCCAUUCACAGCUGUGCCUGUAGAUCUGCUUUUCCGCACGACUGGUUGUACGAGGCCACGCUAACGUACUUAAGGAGUCAUUCGAAAGGCCAUACACCAGCCUUCAGGAUGAUGAAGAUCUGACCGAAGAUCCCCUAAGCGGCAUUCACGUAGAUCCAUCAAUCUAUAUCGGUUUGUCUGGGUCAAGUGGGCUUUCCCAAAUCAAUUACGAAUUCGCGAGCGGAGAAGCGUUCUUGUACAACGAAGAGCUUGUACAGCAACGUGUGGCCGAAAGUGCGUUUGCGGAGCCGUGGUCAGGAAUAAGCAGUCAGGCUAUCGGAUUUUCAAGCACUUCAACUCUAUCACAAACGAUCAUCGCAUCGCAGCCCGACUUGAUGCUUGUCCAAAAAGACGAGACGGAUUCUGGAUACGUAUCGUUGAACGGCAAAUCCUUGACAUGUCCUCAAUGCGGCAAAGCGUUCAAGAACAAAGCCGAAGAGAGAAAGCACUCUUCCACACACAGCCGACCUUUCAAGUGUCAUGUCAAGAACUGUACCAACACGAAAGGCUUUGCAACAUCAAACGACCUCGAGAGACACCAGAAGGACAUUCACCUGAUCCGGCCAAAGCAUGGGCCUCAGAAUUACUACAGAUGCGUGUUGCCGACGUGUUCCAAGCGGGACAAGAUAUGGUCUCGAAAAGACAACUUCAAAGCCCACAUUACUCGAAUGCACAAGAACAUGGGUAUCGACAUUGACCAUCUCAUCGCAAGGUCCGAGAUGACGCCUAGCCCAGCAGAGAUGGAACAACUGCGCCGCGCCAAGUGUGCUCAAACUUCGAACAAGAGCAAAGGCAAGCAGCGCACGACGAAGCAGAUGACGACGCCGCAGCACAGUGAGAUAGUCUCGGAGGCUGAUGCAGGCGAAUUAGCGAUUCCGCUGUGGCAGACGAACGUGUCAGACUACAUGGACGACAUGCCUCAGGAGGCGGCCGAGAUGACCAGGCCAGAGUACAGGAGAGGCAGAGUAGCGAGCAUGAACGUCUCCAACGUGGUCCCGAGGUUCUCCAAUGGGCAAGCACUCACUCAGUACGGAUACAGUGUGGUUGGUGGACGACACAAUAGCGUGGACGGAGCUUGGGACGAGGUGUCAGAUACGAGCUUUGCCUACUCACACGAGAGCUCUGCGUUUGGAGGAGGGACGAGCGAUUUUGGUUGACAGUCAGAUGAGGAUGUCGGAGUUUGCCUGUC